AUGGUAAGUGGAACGGGCCCAGCACCGAAUCAGGCCGACACUGUAGCAUUCUGGCGCGGCCUGUGGUCAGAGCCCAUAAACCACAGCGAGGGCCCUUGGACGGAAGUUGUGGCGAGUCAGUGUGCGAGUAUAACGCCCAUGGACCACGUCAUUAUAACGCCGGAUGACGUAGCUGAGGCGGUCCGUAGGGCCCCGAACUGGAAAAGUCUGGGACUCGACGGGCUGCAUCACUACUGGCUGAAGGGGUUUGUGGUGUGUCACACUGUGCUCGCCCGACAGUUCCAAGAGGCUCUCAACAAGAAGUCGCUCCCGAGCCUCUUCACUACUGGGAUCACUCAUUUGGUUCCUAAAGACCAGUGCCGUGCCUCGGCAAAAAUUAAAGGUGCAAAGGCCCGCUUGUGCACAUGGGCCCACCAUGAAAUGGCGCCGGGUCUGGGCGUCUCCCGCCCACCACUAUGGAUGAUGGAAUACGGAGAAACGCGCAAUGGGCCGCUGCCUGGAGGUCACCAGGGCGCGUCUGGAGCUGGCGCUGGACGCGACAGCAUGCGAACCGCCAGCCGAGCGAGAGGUGCUGCACGACCAUCCAUCAGCCCCUCGUAUCCAUCAUCCUCACCAGCUGACUUGGUGUCGGCAGGGUCUUCGCGGGCCCAGCAAUCGGCACCCGCCACAGGUGGAGUACGCCGCAUGCGAUGGACAAUCGAAAUGAAUACUAACGCAUUGCGGGCGUAUUUUAGGGCGAAAGGGGGAGAAGUUGGAGGUUUGGCGUAUCGGGUUAGGAUGCAUUGUCUGUUUGCUGAGCUGGAGCCAUCUUUAACCGUCACAGAGCAAAACCUGCCAGACCGAGUUCGGUAUCUCUUGCGCUCAAAUAUAUUUGACAUCGCCGAACUCGAACGGCUACGACGUGAGGCUGUUCCGUCAUUGGAUGAAAAUGCUACGGCUGAGGAUGCAGCGCCACAAAUUGCAGAGCAACCCGCAAACGUGGAUGCCGCCGUGAAUACCCCAGUUGUGGUUGAUUCAAAAGAUGAUGGAAAAGUCGCCCAGGAACUGGAAUUAGAGCAUAUGAAGAGUACAUUGGAAGAAGCGAUUGUGGAAACGCGUAGUACGCCUCUCGAAAAUCGACCGCGACUUCCCCGCAUAGCCCUAAGCAAGCGGAAUCGGGCUGUCGUGAGGGCUCUAAACCCAAUGCUGGUGACCUAUUUGGAAGCCAGCCUAACCUUUGUGAGACGAACUCAAUUCUUUUUGGCGCAGUACUGGCAGUAUUCCGUAUUAUAG